GAGACAACCUCCGGCUGCCGGCAGUUGUUGUGUUUAAAGUGGAGAGUUUGGAUGGAGUUUUCUUUAUGGAUAAUGUCACGGCAAGUUUCAAAAUACAAACUUUUUCUAUUCCUGAAACUUGACAGCGGCUGCAGCAGCUAACACAUCUGGAUCCGUCAUGGAGCGGCAGAGAGUUAGCGUGAUUGAAUAUUUUAAUUGUAGAAAAUAACUAUUGAAUACGCUGUCGGGUCGGGUUUUUAAUUUUUUUAUUAUUACAACACAUUGUUGAUCCUCUGAGCUGAGUAAUGGUUGGUGGAGGAUCUGCUGAUCUGGGUCCAUCAGUCGCUGUCAAGAUAUUUUCAGCCGGAGCAGCUGGCUGUGUGGCCGACCUGGUCACCUUCCCUUUGGACACGGCCAAAGUCCGACUGCAGAUUCAGGGUGAAUCCAAGCCCUCAUUGAAAGGCCAGGGGAUGAAAUUCAGAGGUGUGUUCGGCACCAUCUGCACCAUGGUAAAGACUGAGGGCCCCAGGAGUCUGUACAGCGGGCUGGUGGCAGGGCUGCACAGACAGAUGAGCUUUGCCUCCGUCCGCAUCGGCCUGUACGACACCAUGAAGCAGUUCUACACCAGAGGCUCAGAAAAUGCAGGAAUCGGGGCUAGGCUGAUGGCGGGCUGCACCACUGGGGGGAUGGCAGUGACUUUUGCGCAGCCCACUGAUGUGGUGAAGAUCAGGUUCCAGGCUCAGAGCCGCCUGCCUGAGAACGGCUCUGUGAAGAGAUACAGCAGCACCUUCGAUGCCUACAAGACCAUCGCCAGGGACGAGGGCGUUAGAGGGCUCUGGAAAGGUGCUCUGCCAAAUAUAACUCGUAAUGCCAUUGUCAACUGCUCCGAGCUGGUGACGUAUGACAUCAUCAAAGAGCUCAUCCUGAAGUACAACCUGAUGACAGACAACAUGCCGUGUCACUUUGUAGCCGGCUUCUCAGCAGGUUUCUGCACCACCAUUGUAGCGUCUCCAGUGGAUGUGGUGAAAACACGAUUCAUGAAUUCAACGCCUGGGAAGUACAGCGGGGCUAUGAACUGUGCUUUAACCAUGCUGAUGAAAGAGGGGCCCACGGCUUUCUAUAAGGGAUUUGUGCCCUCGUUUCUUCGUCUGGGUUCCUGGAACAUUGUGAUGUUUGUGAGCUUCGAGCAGAUUAAGAGAGGUGUCAUGAGAUUUCAACGGCCCAUGGCGCCGUCACUCUGACCCGUCUGACAGCUUGUUGUUUGUGUGGCAAAGUGACUGUGACAUUGUCUGUAUCAAGCAGCUCCUGCUUAGCAGAGAAAGUGUAAUUAUUACUGCUGGUAGGACCUGCUUUCUCUCAGGGAUUAAACAGCACAAGCGUCUUAUUGAAAAAGAAGAAUUGCAUGGAUGAUCAUUUUGGAUUGGCUUGUUAUUUUAAAUAGAUAUUUUCUAGCAAUGUUACUAAAAAUGUUGAAAGUCAAAAUGUCUGCUGAGAAAAAAGCCUAUUUACAGGGUAAAUGCCGGUGUGGUGUGGAUGCAGGGCCUGUCAGAGUUACAGUGCAUUACUUUGAUUAUAGAACUUUAUAAAAGUGUCUUAAUUGGUGUUUUGAAUAUGAUAUUUGAGUUUUCAUGUGAAGAAAUGUUUUAAUUUUUUUUAGGAAUUAGGGUUUGAAGGAGGGCAUUUUUUGCAAACAUACGUUGAAAUAAGAACACCUUUGUUCUCUUGCAGGGACAUUUGUUUGGGAUCCUCUUAGGUAUUGUCUAAAUACAUUGCUUUAAAUGUCCAAAUAUAUAAAUGUCACAAUCUCAUUAUAUGUCUUUUUUUAUCAGACUUAUACCCCAAAACACAAAAAUAUAUAGUCUGACUCUCAUGUAAGACAAUAAAAGGAACAAAACAUCAGAUUAAGAAGUGGAGCUGGGGAAUAUUUGAUCAUUUAUUUUCUGUCAACUGACUGGUUGAUUAUUCAAGUUAUUGUUUCAGCACUAGAAAUGAUUCAGUUGUUUGGAGUAUUCCGCCAAUGUCAGUUCUAGGUUUUGGAAGGAAAGGAACACUAAAAACCACAAUUACCUAAAAUAUACAUCUAUAUAUAGUUUAUAUACAAGAUAGCAUGAUAUUGGACAGUUAUAAUAUUGUAUCAGUGAAUGAAUCCACAAGUUAAAUACAGUAUGAAUGGGAAAGCAUUUGUUUGAUUGUACAUUUACCUACAGAUUCAAAAUGUACCCACAUUUAUUACACGACAACCCCCCUAAUUGUCACUCCAUACCUGCUCUACUACCGGAUGCUGUUAUGGAUACUCUUCUGUAUAAUCCCCUUUACAAGUGACCAUUCAGGGGGACAAUGCAGAGCUAACGCACCUCUUAACCUAGAGAUAUGAUCAAAGCUGACACUUUACAGACAAGAAUCAGGCUCUUUUUAUCAGCUGUGUUUAAAUUCAGAAUAUGCUUUAAAUGUGUUGUGCCCUAUUUCUUCAGAAUGUAGCCCUAUGUUACCUGUUGUGCACAGUAAUACAAUGUAAUAUCUCUUUUUUAUAUAUACUUCAACAAGGCAGCUUUGUUGUGGCGUUUUAAUUGUUAUCAUUUAAAAUCUGAACUCUAUUUGUUGUUUCGGUGCAGAAAUAACCAGAUUCUCCAUCAAACGAUGCAGAGGCACACAGGUGAAAGAGCCCAAUAGCACAAAACAAUCAGCUGACAGACAAGAAAAUUGCCCAAUUGUAGUCUUGUGGGACAAAAGAGGCUGCUGACAUAGAUGUAACUAAAGUCUGUGGAGUAACAAAAGCCUCUGAACAUGCUCCACCUUGCUAAUCAUCUCCUGUAGUGCCAGCAAGGUUUCUCCACGGUUGAAUUAGCAUGGCAAGCUAAGCUGGCCCAUAUGGCACUCUGGCUAACCCUCACAGCAAUAACGCAAGUUGAUAGGGAUCCUACAAAGAUAUGCAACUAGUGAUGCGUUCUACAAUAGGACCUUUUGCCUUAUGAAGAGACUGCAGGUUAAUGUCAGGAUGAAUGAAGUUUUGCUAAUGCUCCUUUGCUGACCUUGGCAGGAGUCUCUGCACACAGACCAUCAGAGAUAUCGAGUGUCGGUGAGCAGUUCAAGUUCACUGAACAAACAGUGGGCAACAUUUUUCUAACUCAAGGAAACACAAGAAUGUUCUACCCUUUGUUAAACACAUGUUCCUUUUUGUGCAAUCAACUGUUUAAAACGACUGUUGUUGUCAUCCUGCUGAACCGGUUUGGUUGAUUUUAGAUAAUGCUUUUCCCUUUACUACCUCCUACAGAUAAAAGUGCCACACUGUUACAGUAAUAGAACAGAUUUAAAUUGUGCUUUUAUUUAAUUCAAAUUGUGUUAGCUUCAAUGUCUCUGUCUCUGUGUUGGAAGACUUCAUGAUUGUCAAAGCAACCUACAAAUGAUAAAUACGUGACGAAAUUAAAUCAGACUUCUCCGUCCA